ACCGAAGUUCCGAAGGCCUCGAGGUGUGGGCUAAGAGUACUGCUUGACUGCUUCAUCAGUCGGUCAAGAAACAUCCUCCUUAAAGGGUAGUACGAUUCUGCGACCUUUCCUAGAAUCACAAGUUCCUUCCGUGUGUGUUUUGGGUUAAGCUGUUCCGCGAUGUUUGUGGCUACGGUGAGUUUGAUUGCGCUGGCCGUAGCCAUCGCGUUCUACGUGUAUAAGCAACACUACAGCCAAAUGGUGGAGCUCAGUGCCAAGCUCCGUGGUCCUUCGGCCUAUCCUCUAAUUGGUAACGGACUGCUGUUUGUGGGCAAAUCAGCCUCUGAAUACUUACCGACCGUUGGCCGCCUGGUGCAAGAGUAUGGUAAAUGUUACCGAAUGUGGCUCGGAACGCAGCUGUUGAUCGUUGUUACGGAACCGAAGGAUGUAGAGGUUCUGCUGAGCAGCCCCAAGUACAUCGACAAAUCGAUCGAGUAUGAUUUUAUUCGACCCUGGCUCGGCGAGGGUUUGCUAACUAGCAGCGGGCGGAAAUGGCACACACAUCGUAAGGUGAUCACGCCCACGUUUCACUUCAAGAUCCUGGAGCAGUUUGUGCAGAUUUUCGAUGAGCAGAGCAACAUAUUUGCCGAUGCACUUAAACCGCACGCCGAGUCCGGCAAAUCAUUCGAUAUAUUUCUCCCGGUUACGCUGUGCGCACUGGACGUUAUCUGUGAAACUGCCAUGGGAACAAAGGUUAAUGCUCAGCUGAACGCCGAUUCGAAGUACGUGCAGGCGGUUAAAGAUAUCACCAACUUGAUCCAGUGUCGAAUGUACGAUUUCCUUAUACGCAACAACUUUUUCUACCGUUUCUCGAACAAUCGUCGGAAGCAGCAAGCGGCACUGAAGGUCCUGCACGGAUACACUGACAGCGUGAUUAAGGCGCGAAGGGAAGAGCUGCAUCGGGCGGCGAUGGGCGAUGUGUCCAAUGUUGACAUUAAUGAAAACGAUCUGGGGAUCAAGAAGAGGAUGGCGUUCCUCGAUAUGCUGCUACAGUCCACUAUCGAUGGACAACCACUAACGGAUCUGGAGAUACGCGAAGAGGUGGAUACGUUCAUGUUCGAGGGGCACGAUACGACAACAUCCGCGAUUAGUUUCUUGCUGCAGAAUCUAGCGAAGAACCCGGCCAUACAGCAGAAGGUGUUUGAUGAGGUGCGCAACAUUGUCGGUGACGAUCGUUCCCGUCCGGUGACGAUGGCAAUGCUGAACGAUAUGAACUACUUGGAUUUGGUCAUCAAGGAGACGCUCCGAUUGUAUCCCUCCGUACCGAUGUUUGGAAGAAAGAUGCUAGCGAACAAUGAAAUAAAUGGUAAAAUAUUUCCGGCCGGCGCGAACGUGAUCAUCUUGCCAUUUUUUAUGGGCCGCAACCCGGAGUUCUAUCCCGAUCCGGAGAAGUUUGAUCCGGAACGAUUUAACGUGGAAACCUCGGCGGAGAAGACGAACCCGUACCAGUACAUUCCGUUCAGUGCCGGUCCACGGAACUGCAUCGGUCAGAAGUUUGCCGUAGCCGAGAUCAAAAGCCUGACAACCAAAGUCUUGCGCCAUUACGAGCUACUGACUCCGCUGGAACAUCACGACGAGACGUUCAUUGCGGAGCUGAUCCUGCGCCCCGAGAAGGGCAUUUAUGUGCGCGUGAAACCGAGAGUGAGGUUCCACCAUACUAAACUUGCAAAGGCAAAGGUGUUUGCAAUUCGUUUCGGUUCGCAAAGUGAUCGCGACCCGAAAAUGCUGCUGCAAAUUGUGCUCGCCGUGCUGGUGAUCGUGUUCACUAUCAACUAUCUGCUGGUGCGGAAAAACAUUAAGUAUGGCCGACACAUUCCGGGCCCACUGCCGCUACCAAUCGUGGGUUGUUUCUAUCUCUACAUCAACAUGAAACCCGAAGACAUAAUCGACUUUGUAUCGGGACUGAAGAACAAGUACGGUAGCUUGUUCCGGGUGUGGAUCGGUAACCGGCUGGCACUGUUCUGCACCAACGUGAAGUACAACGAAACCGUUCUCAGCAGUCAAAAGUUGAUACGGAAAAGUGAACUUUACAAGUUUCUCGUACCAUGGCUUGGCGAUGGAUUGCUGCUCAGCACCGGCCAGAAGUGGUUCAACAAGCGCAAAAUUCUGACACCGGCGUUCCACUUUAAAAUCCUGGAACAAUUUGUCGAGGUGUUCGACAAACAGAGCACAAUUCUGGCGAACCGAUUACGCUCCGAGGCGACCGGUAAGCUGGUUAACAUCUACCCGUAUGUUACGUUGGCGGCUCUCGACAUCAUCUGCGAAACGGCGAUGGGAACUUCGGUGAACGCGCAGACGGACGUAGAUUCUACUUACGUGAAAGCCAUCACGGAACUAAGCCUCGUGUUGACGGGACGGUUCGUUAAGGUGUGGCAACGGGUGGACUUUCUGUUCAAUCUAUCCGCCGACAAGCGCCGGCAGGACGAGAUCAUCAAGGUGCUGCACGAGUUUACGACGCGCAUAAUUCGGUCACGCCGGAAGGAACUAGCGGAGCGUGCUGCUCCCGUUGCCAGUGAUGAUGACGCAGCGGACAUUGGGACGAAACGUCGGAUGGCGUUCUUGGAUGUGCUACUCCAGUCGACAAUCGAUGGGCGUCCGCUAACGGAUAAGGAGAUUCAGGAGGAGGUGGACACGUUCAUGUUCGAGGGCCACGAUACGACGACCAUUGCGAUCAGUUUCACCUUGCUGCUGCUAGCCCGGCAUCCGGAAGUGCAAGAGCGACUGCAUCGGGAAAUUGUCGAGAUCGUAGGUAACGAUUUGCAGGCACCGGUCACCUAUCGCAACCUUCAGGACAUGAAGUACCUGGAGAUGAUAAUCAAGGAAUCGCUUCGUCUGUAUCCACCGGUACCGAUAAUCGCACGGCGUUUCACUGAGAAUGUGGACCUCGAUGGAAAAGUGGUUCCGGAAGCGUCUAAUUUCAACAUCGGUAUAAUGCACAUGCACCGUGAUCCGUCUCUUUUCCCAGACCCAGAGCGGUUUGAUCCAGAACGGUUCGCUCCGGAUCGACUGCUCGAACAGACCAGCCCAUACGCAUAUGUUCCGUUCAGUGCGGGGCCUCGAAAUUGUAUCGGUCAAAAGUUUGCUAUGCUUGAGCUUAAGAGUACUUUAUCGAAGGUUAUUCGUAACUAUAAGCUUACCAGCGCUGGUCCGGAACCAAAAUUAACGAUGCAGCUAACGCUUAAACCAAGAGAUGGACUAUUUAUCGGAUUUAUUCCCCGUGUCUAGGAGUCAUUAUCGAUCGAUCGAUUGCUACAAUAAAUGCAAUACUAAUUGCUAAUUUACAUAACUG